CUCCCAUAAGAAAUCGUCAACGAAGUUCUGAGAAGGCGUCGGUCAUCGCCAAUCUCUGCUGUUUUUGUGUUGUAUUUUUUAAGAAAUUGUCAGUCUUUAUCUGAAAUCCAAAUUGAAAUUUAUUCAGAUUUCAUGCGUUUCCAUGUCCUGUAAUGAUGGAGGAACCAACUUGCCCCGCCACUCCUCCACUAUGUAAAUGCCCCGAUACGCCUCCGCGAGCUGGCAGUUCCAAAUCCAGCCCCUCAAGAUGGAACGACUCUACCGAUAUCAAGGAACAAUCCCGCUCACCAUCACCUGGCCGUCCCGCCUCACCAGAGAACUGUGCAAUUUGUUUAGGGCCUCUGACAGAUAAAUCAUUCACCAACAGUUGCUGUCAUCAGUUUUGCUAUGUAUGCCUUCGUGAAUGGUCUAAGGUCAAAGCAGAGUGCCCUCUUUGCAAAGUCGCAUUUGCUUCCAUUAUUCAUAAUGUAAGAAGUCAAGAUGAUUAUGAUGUUGAUACUGUUAUUAGAGAACCUCAAAGACCACCACCUCAUCCCCAUUUGUAUACUACAUACAUGCCUUCAGCUACUGAUAUCAUGGCAUUAGUAGGAAGGUACCUUCCAGGUGCUCAUGGAAACUAUCGCCCUGCAUUUACUUUUGGCGUAAUUCCACACGGUCCUCCCACUUAUGCGACUCGAAGGGCAAAUCCCAAUGGAACCUCAGCUUUCCGAAGAUCUAUUUAUCAGAGAGACUUGUGGGCCAGACUGCAACCAGAUAUUACUGGCCGAUAUAGGGAUUGUUCUCCUGAGUUCUAUACCCAAAACCCAGCUCAGUUGCAUCGUUUGAUUCCUUUUUUAAAUAGAGAGUUGAACGUUCUCUUAGAAAGUGGUGGUCAAACUGCUUAUGUAAUGGGGAAAAUUUUGGAGCUACUGCCAAUGCACAGCAUACAGUCGGCCACCUUUAGGAGUCAAGUUGCCCGACUGAUAGGACACCAGCAUGCACCUCAUUUCUGCCAUGAACUAAGAGCAUUUGCAAGCUCUACUUAUGACUUGGUUGGUUAUGACCGAGCAGUCCAAUAUCAUCCCAAUGGUGGUGCUGGCUAUUCCAUAGAAAUAGAUGAUAUUGAGUCAUCUGAUGCUGGUGUCUCCGGUCCAGAUGAUGAUGAUGAUGUUUUAAUCAUAGAAAAUGAGCCAACUGCAACUGCCAGAAGAGGUGCAUCUAGCUCUGCAUCUGCAUCUACCUCGACAGCCAGUCAUUCUGAAACAUCUACACACUCUCAUUUUCCUCAAAGAAUUUCCUCAUCCAUUGCUCAUACGUCUGUGGUAAAUGUAUCUUCAGACAGUGAAAGUGAUGUUGCAGAAGACAUUCAGAUUGUUGGCUACGUAAAGCCCCGUCAUGAAAGAACGCCUGAAGUAAUAACCCUCUCCUCCCCUGAGCACCCUGGCCAUUCCACGCCACCAUCAACUUCUGCGGCACAUGCCUCAGGUUCUUAUGUCAACUUAACUGACAGCCCAAUUUGCAUACGCCUUGGGAAUAACACUGCUGCUGCACACAAGUGGCAUGAUGGAAAUUUAAAUGAUAUAUCAUCUGAUGAUACUUCUACCUCAGAUAAUACUUACACUUAUGCCAAUAGGAUAAAGAAAUCUGUCAAGAAAAGUUGCUUUACAAAGCGUCGGAGCUCAUCUCAAUCUUCUUCCACAUCAUGUUCAGAAGAAGAGAAAGAAAGAGUAAGAAAGAAAACACGACGUUCCAAGCACAGGAAGAGUAAACGAGAAGACAAAAGCAAAGGUCAGAAGCACUCAAAAUCAAGGAAAAGAAAAAGUACAGUCCAGAGCAGUGAUGAGGAAGAGGAUAGCCAGCCAUCUACUUCUAAAGGAAGGUCUAAGACCCGGGACAAAAGAGACAAUGUUUUAUUCUCUCCUAAACGUGCUCAGUGCUCAAAGCCCAGUACUUUUCGGCCUAGGAGCUCGGAUUUUUCAGAAAGUGAUCACUCUUCUCCCAAAAGUGUCAUUCGAUCAGCAAUCGUUCAAAACGGAUUUAGUAACCGGUACUCUUCAGGAGAAGAUGAUACAUCCUCACAUGCUUCUGGUUCUAAAGGAUGUAAUCUUGUGAUGACUCGCACAAGGACUGAUCAAGGACAUGCUUCCUGGAUUGUCGCUGGUGGCAAUUCUAGCUCUGAUAGUCAUAGAAACAAUAGUGAUAGGCGUGAACACCAUCAAUCCAGUCACCACUCACAUAAUAGGAGGAAGAAGAGCUCUCACAGUGAUAGAAAGCGCAGAGAACGAUCAAGAUCUUCUGAUUCUAAAAAUAUCCGAAAGAAAAUCAAGCCUAUUGCUUAUUCAGAUGAUUCUGAAACCAACUAAUUGUGAAAGAAUUUCUGAAUCUGCCACUCUUCAUUCUCUGUCAAUCUUCCAUUUCAAAUUUCUGACUUAAUUUAAGAGGGUUUUAGAUUUUAAAAGCAAUAAAUACUCAUGUUCCAGGGUUGAUUUCAUUUUGUUAAUUUGAAUUUACUCUGAUUGUUUUCUUCAUUCUGUUUCCUGUGUAUUUCCCAUAAAGACUACGUGCAGCUUCUUGGACCAAAGAAUUAAAGAAGAAUUUUAAUUCCCUCUAAAAGUUCUGUUUUGAAAGUUUGCAGUCUUUUACUUUGAGGAAAAUGUCACUCCAUUUAGCCUGUCUCUUUUGAUUUUGCUUUGUCUACAUGCAAGUUUUGGAAGACUGCCUAAGCAUAUUCUGUCUCAUUUUAUUAGACUAUGCAGAUGCACUACAUGUUAUGUCCGUCAAAUGGUGUGGAAUGAAUCCAGAAAUGUU